AACCUCUUUAUUUUUGUUUACAUGAUUUUUUUACGCCGUCAAGUAGAUGAUUUUGUGCUGAAAAGCGAAAUUCAAUAACCUCAGUAGCAGUUUUUAACCCAGGCUAGGCUCUCGUGCCGAAGAGGAACACUUUCGACAACGACAAGGACGAAGCAUCUGUGUGCCUUAACGUGACUCAGUAGAGGCGGUGGCCAGGUCAAUGUAUUAAACAAACCGUCAAAAACUUGUUAAAUCUUCAACAAACACACUCUUCUUCCUUCGACGUGCACAUUUGCCCUAUUUGCAACGGAACACCAAACCUGGAUGACGGAAUCCGUGUGGUUUCUACAAAGAUCCGCAGAUAUUUGGAACUCUGAAGAUCUCAUCUUUUAAUUGACACUCAAUCGUCGACGGAAACUUAGUUACGCACUAUAAUUAUUUAUAACAGUCUAGACGUAGCCGCGACGAACUUAAAAUGCUUUUGGCGUCUUUCAGGGAAGAAGUGCGUGUCACGCCGGCCCCUUCAGGGGUCAACGCCGAGGAACUGAAGAAGCCAGCGAGCCUCUUCACUGUCACCGAAACAAGGACCCGCGUGACCGUGGUGGAGGACGAGGAGAGGGAAGGAGAGGCGGUGGUUCUUCAAGGGACUGGAUGCGCAACUUCGGGCAGAACGCGUUUCUUCGUGGUGGUCGUGGUUCCGCUCGCCGCCGCGCUGGUUGCUGGAGGCGCUGCUGUCGCUGCUCACGUGCUGCCUGCUGUGCCGCGCGCUGCCUCCGGGCGCGCCGCCCGCCUACCGCCUGCCCUACAACCUGGCCUUCCUCGCCGUCGGUCUGCGGCAAGUUCGCGAGCGGCGACUCCGCGACCCUGCCGCGCGCCUGUGAGGGAGCCGGCUCCAGCGGCUCUGCGUGCGCGGACGAAGAGCUGGAGCAGCAGAUAGUGAUGUUCACCGUUGAAGCCAGGCCGGAGCAGGAGCAGCGGGAGCAGCGGCCCGCCAAGCGGUGGGCCGGCGCCUUCUCCCAGAACCUGGUGUUCCUGGUGGCGGCGUUGCCGGUGCUGCUGCUCGUGCUCAUAGACGCGCUCUUCUCCGCCGUCACGCUGUGCCUGCUGUGCCGGUCGCCGCCGCGCCAGGGCCCGCAGCACUUCCGCCUGCUCUUCAACUUCGCCUUCUUCCAGAGCGCGUGCGGUGGCUUGCCGCCGCCCCCGCCGCCCGCCAGGGGUCGCGCGCGCUCGCCCGCCAAGUAGCUUGUAGCCCACGCCAAAUACACAGCUUUCAAACUUC